AUGAAAAUUUUAAUAACAUCAGAUAAUCACUUAGGAUAUAAUGAAACAGAUAUUAUAAGAGGAGACGACUCUUUCAAUACAUUUCAAGAAAUACUUAAGCAAGCAAAUGACGAAAAUGUUGAUUUUAUUUUGCAAGGGGGAGACUUAUUUCAUUAUAACAAACCAAGUAGAAAUACUUACAAUAAAACAGUUAAUUUGUUAACAGAAAACUGCCUUGGAGAGAAUAGUUUAGUGAUAUUUAAAAACACACAAGAACCAAAUAGAUCAUUUCAAACUAACGUAUUUUUAAAUAAAGAUCAACAAGAUGUAAAUAUUCGAAUGCCAAUUAUUUCAAUCCAUGGUAAUCAUGAUGACCCCAGUGGACAUAAUUCAGUAUCACCACUGGAUAUUCUUAAUAGUGCUAAGUUUAUUAAUUAUGUAGGGAAAGUUGAAACAAGUGAUGAGAUUAUUAUAAAACCAAUAUUAAUAGAAAAGAGUGGUGUUAAGAUAGCACUCUAUCCAUUAGGAUACAUUAAAGAUAGGCGUCUUUAUAGAAUGUUUACUAAAAAUAAGGUUAUAUUUGAUAGACCUGAUUCAGAUGAAUAUUACAACAUUCUCAUAGUACAUCAAAAUAGAGUUUUUAGAAAUGAAGAAUAUCUUCCCUUAGAAUUUAUUCCAGAAUGGUUUAACUUAGCAAUUUAUGGUCAUGAACACGCAAGUAUUAAACUAACAGAAAAAAACUUAGAUGUUAUUCAAGUAGGUAGUUCAAUUAGAACAAGUUUGUCAUUAGAUGAAACAGGUGCUAAAUAUUCUUACCUUUUAGAAUUUAUUGAUUCAGAAUGGAAAAUCACAAGAAAAGAAUUAAAAACUGUCAGAUCCUUCAUUUUAGAUGCCAUUAAAAUAACAGGAAGUAAUAUUGAAGAUCAAAUUAAAGAAAAACUUAAUUUAAUGUUAAGUAAAAUUCAAAGAGAAAAAAAUAACGACCUUUUACCACUAAUAAGAUUAAAAGUAGAAAUGGAUAAUGAAAAAAAUCUUAACAGGUAUAGUUUAAAAGCAUUUGUAGAAGAUAAAAUUGCCAAUCCUAAUGAUUUUAUUAGAAUUACUAGAAAAGUAGAUAAAAAAUCAGAUGCGACUGUUAGUGUCUCUAAAACAAUUACAAUGAAUGAUAUUUUCUUAAAAAUGUUACAACGAGAAAAUUUAGUUACUUUAAAGGAAACUAAAAUAGUUGAUGCUUUAAAUGAGUUUAUAAACAGAUCAAAUAAGAAUUCAUUCACACAAAUACUACAAGAAAGUAAGACAAAAUUAUUUGAAAAAAUUAAUGUUAAAGAUUUAGUUAGUGAUGAAAUAGAAAAUCUCAUAAAAGAAAUAAGUUCAAAAUUAUUUAAUGAUGAUGUCCAAAUUAAGAAAUUAAAAUUAACUGAAUAA